CAUUACUGUUUACAAAAAGUGCGAGGCUGUGAGGAUUAGCGUACCACUUGGCAUUUUGGCUCUUUGUCUAGCACCGACCCUCCUUCAAUAAAUACAAACGCCAAAUCUGACUUCAAUCUCUAUUCUACUCUCUCUCUCUCUCUCUCUCUAUCUAAUUGCGUAGUUGUAGUAGUGCAGAAGCCAUGGACCCAGUACGACAAGCGUUGUUCAGGCCACCGGAGACCCCGCGCGAGCCAAUGGAGUUUCUGUCUCGUUCUUGGAGUGUGUCUGCUAUGGAAGUCUCCAAAGCUCUCUCCCCUGCACAGAUGCUAUCCAAGACCUUCAGCGGUGGUGGUGGUGAAGCCAUCACGGAGGACAUCGCCGGAGAGGUGGAGGAGGCGGCCACUGUCUCCGGCAACCCUUUCUCGUUUGCUUCUUCUGAGACUUCUCAGCUCGUUAUGGAACGCAUAAUGUCACAGUCUGAUGUAUCACCGCGAACUUCUGGAAGACUCUCUCAUAGCAGUGGCCCUUUGAACGGUGGCUCUCUCACCGACAGCCCCCCAGUCUCCCCCUCCGAAAUCGACGACAAGCUUGCUCGUCUCAACAACCCAAUAAACACCCAGUAUAGUUGGGCCACAGGCGGCGGCGGCGGUGCCGCCACCAGUGGUGGAGGGAAGACGGUGGGGAGGUGGUUAAAGGACAGGAGAGAGAAGAAGAAAGAAGAAACUAGAGCUCACAAUGCACAGCUCCAUGCUGCUGUUUCAGUUGCUGGGGUGGCCGCUGCUGUGGCGGCGAUUGCCGCUGCCACAGCGGCCUCUUCUGGGUCAGGAAAAGACGAGCAUAUGACAAAAACCGAUAUGGCAGUUGCCUCUGCUGCCACUUUGGUGGCUGCCCAAUGCGUCGAGGCGGCCGAGGUCAUGGGUGCUGAACGCGAGCACCUCACCUCUGUUGUUAGUUCUGCUGUUAAUGUCCGGUCUGCUGGAGAUAUCAUGACUUUAACUGCUGCAGCUGCCACAGCUCUGCGUGGGGCAGCCACAUUGAAGGCAAGGGCAUUGAAGGAGGUCUGGAAUAUAGCGGCAGUGAUUCCUGUGGAGAAAGGAAUGGGAGUUAGUGGCGGGGUUGGUAAUGGCAGUAAUGGUAGUUCAAACGGUAGUUUCAGUGGUGAGCUUGUGCCCGAAGAGAAUUUCCUUGGCAUUUGCAGUCGGGAGUUACUAGCCCGAGGUUGUGAACUCCUAAAGCGAACUCGCAAAGGCGAUCUUCAUUGGAAAAUAGUGUCGGUUUAUAUCAACAGAAUGGGUCAGGUGAUGCUGAAGAUGAAGAGUAGACAUGUUGCUGGGACCAUCACAAAAAAGAAAAAGAAUGUGGUGGUGGAAGUAUGUAAAGAUGUCCCAGCGUGGCCUGGCCGCCACUUGCUUGAGGGUGGUGAACACCGUCGAUACUUUGGAUUGAAGACCAUCACUCGCGGUGUCGUUGAGUUCGAGUGUCGGAACCAGAGGGAGUAUGAUGUGUGGACUCAGGGUGUCUCAAGGCUGCUCUCGAUUGCGGCUGAGAGGAACAAUAGACAGAAUUUGAAGUUGAAGUAGAAAGUGUGAGGGGGUAGGAAGGGCAGAAUGGGAAAUUUGGUAUAGAAUAUAUGGGCCUUGUUUGGACUAAACCAAAAUAUGUAUUGGAAAUUGGGUGGGCAAUCUCUUGAUGUUCCUAUUUUGUGAAAAAGAGAAUUAAAGUGUAGGUUAUCCAAAUGGGCCUCUUUUGCUUUAAUGCAUAUGUUUUGGUCUUUUGUUUUUUGAACUGUUAAAGUGAUAUUAUUCAUGUGAAUGAAGGCCAAGGUAACCACGUGAUCCAAGGCUUUGUUUA